AUGUCGUCCGUAGACCCAAAUUAUCGAAGUCUUUUGCUUCAUCUACAAAAUACAUCCAAGAAUCUCCAUCCUGGAGUUCCUCCAACGCUCGCUCUCUAUUUGAGUACACUUCCUCAACCUCUACCUACCACUUUAUCCGCUUCCGCCAUCGCAUCUCCGGCUUGGAAUGACUCCAAUAUAUCUUCAUUGGUGGUCGCAUUUCGGCGUUCUGUUCACCUCAAAGUCGACCACUUGCUGGACUCCUCCACAAGCGGUUACUCUUUAUCACCCAGCCCGUCAUGGAAACUUCGGAACUGGAUCCAUUCCAUAUGCAAAGGUCUCCAUAACGGAUCACCAAAACUUCGAUUUGUCGCACUAGGGGGACUCCUCAUCGGCAUUACAGAAGUAACAUCCCGGUUGGAUGCUGGUGGAGCACGCUCGAAGGUGGAAGACGAGGUUGUCAUUUCAUAUGCAGACUGCAUUAUAGAUGUCAGUCCAACGGACCCUUGGUUACUGGAGUUUCGGUCCCCUAGCGAAAACAAGCCCGCCGAGGGAUCGUUAUUACUACUAGCAUCUGAUAUACUUCCUCUUGUACCGUCGCGAAAGCUCAGAGUUCUCGAUCUUCCACUACUCCUCGCCCAAUGUAUCGAUCUUCUCAUGCGUAUGCUCGGUCAUGGCCAUCCACUGAAGGACAAGAACGAGAAACCGGCGGACAUCCAGGAAGCUCAAACGCGAAUCCCAAGAGUCGCUCAUUUAGCGUCUAAGAUUGUCGAAUCUCUUUCAGAAAACUCUAAUUUACGGACCAACGUGGUGGUAUGGAAGUCGCUGGAGUCUACCGUCGACGCAUUUUCGUCAAUGGCGACCGGUCUACUAUCAGAAUGGAGCAAGACAAACACUGACGUUGCUUCAGAAGGCGAGGGUAAAAAAAUCUGGAACACAUUCAAAACCAUUCUUUUUGCCACGAUAAUGGUUCUGCAGGCCGUCAUCGACUCGCUCCUAUUCCUCGACAGCACUCAAGAGCAUUCAAACGCGAGACUAGCCUCUGAAGUUAUCAAAGUCUUGGGGUGUCUCUCGUUUAUAUCCAUCAAAUUUGGUGGGCUAUCAGCCCAAGGGGAAUCCUCUUUUCGGGAAUACAAGCGCACAUUUUACACGGCAUUAGACAUUGUCAUAGCAUCACCGCCACAAGGGCGACAGCUAGUCAAUCAGCUUUCAGAACAAAGACGUGCCCUGUGCGGCACUGCCGGUCCAAGUCAUCCAGCGGUCCUAGCCCUAAGCUGUUUCCUUCUACAAACGGCAGAACAGCUCAUAGACCAGUUGUCUGUGUCGUCUCUUACUGAUUCGGUUCUGCCUAUCUGCCAAGAAUAUAUCCAGACCUCAACGGAUCGGGAAGCGUUUGAAUCGGCACACUCGGUGAUGAUUGCGUUGCUCAACUCUGGCAAGGCGUCAUCUACCACCAAAGAGUUAGUUCCUCAGCUCGUCCCAUUCUAUGUCGAGGUCCUGAUAAACUGUUCGAAGGACGGAAUGCUAAGCACAGAGCAGCUGAGACUCGCAUUCGCCGCACUGGUAUCUGGUGCAGCUUCGAUGUUGGAGGAUGACAAUGGUGCCCUCGCGUGGUACUGCAUUGAGGAACUUCUUGAAUCGAUUCGAGAAAGAAAUCCCAACGAAGAAGAACGGCACUUGCGUCUGCUCCUUUCGCUGGUCUCGCUGAUCUCCUCAGCCCCUACCGUAAACGCUUCCUUCAAAAAACUCCUUGAUACCAUAGGGACACUCAUACUGGAGGAGAAUAAGCAAAACCAGAGAGUGCUUAUCAAGGCAGUGUAUGAGGAGAUUCUCCGCAACGUCGGAGAUGCCCAACGCAGUAUGGCCCUCGAAUGGUGGUACUCGCUUAGCAAAAGGCUUGAAGCUGAUAGGAAUACUCAAGCGGAUGUGCCUUUCACCCGCUCGGAGCUUUAA